AUUAUGCGUGAAUUCACACACUCAACUCACACCGGAAAAUAUGGUGUCGUCUUCACUUGUCUCAAUUUCUGGCAAAAUGGUUUUCCUCCUGGCCAUCAAUUCAUUACUAUGCAUCCCACAUUUAGCUCACUCCUCUACCUGCACAAAUCCUCCAAUCAUCUUCAAUUUCGGUGAUUCCAACUCCGACACCGGCGGACUCCUCGCCGGGCUCGGUAUCCCUAUCAGGUUUCCCAAUGGCCGUGCAUUCUUCCGUCGAUCCACGGGUCGCCUCUCUGACGGACGCCUCCUAAUCGAUUUUCUAUGCCAAAGUGUAAAUGCAAGUCUUUUAAGCCCAUAUCUGGAUUCUCUAGGAUCCAGCUUUUCAAAUGGGGCAAACUUUGCGGUUGUAGGGUCAACCACACUACCCAGAAACGUGCCGUUUGCAUUGAAUGUUCAGGUCAUGCAGUUCAAGCAUUUUAAGGACUUCUCAGCUGAACUUGCUAGUACAGGUGUCAAUGGUUUGGUAAGUUAUGAUCAAUUUAGGGAUGCUCUGUACAUGAUUGAUAUUGGACAAAACGACAUUGCUGAUUCAUUUGCUCAUGGCCUGUCCUAUGCACAAGUGGUUAAAAAGAUUCCUUCAAUAUUGGCGGAAAUCAAGAACGCUAUUAAGGAAAUACAUGAUCAAGGAGGCAGAAAAUUUUGGGUUCACAACACUGGUCCUUUGGGCUGUUUACCCCAAAAACUUGCUUUAGCACAAAACAUCUCACAAAGUCUCGAUUCCAUCGGAUGUAUUUCAAGUUAUAAUGUAGCUGCAAAGUUGUUCAAUGAAGGCCUGCUUCAUAUGUGCACAGAGUUAAGAACAGAGAUAAAAGAUGCAAGCGUCGUGUAUGUUGAUGUAUUUGCCAUCAAGUUUGAUCUGAUAGCCAACUCGACGUCGUAUGGUUUCUCAAACCCUGUGACGGCAUGUUGUGGGGCGGGAGGGCCGCCAUACAACUACGAGAGAAGGGUGGGUUGUGGGUAUCCGGGGUAUCAAGUAUGUGACGAAGGAAGUCGAUUUGUGAGCUGGGAUGGUAUCCACUAUACUGAAGCAGCAAAUUCCGUUAUCGCCUCUAAGAUACUCUCCACAGAUUAUUCAACACCGCCUCUCGCCUUUGACUUCUUCUGUCAGUGAUUAUAUAUACAUAUACUACUACUCUUGUGCUCAGCCAUAACUCUAUGGUUUGCCAUAACCUAGUAAGUAUGGUAUAUAUCAUGAGUUAGUCUUAUCUUAUCGCUCAGGCUUUGUCUUUACUACAUCUAUGAUGUUACAGAUUUAAGAUGAUUAAAUCUAACGAUGAUGCUUCUGUAUGUAUUUGAGAGUGAAUUGAUAUAUUGAAACUAGAGUUGGAUUUGA